UUUACGGUAAACAAAAGGGACGGACGCUGACCCGGAAGUGAAGCCUGGAGCCGGGCCGGAGUAUCUCCGAGGGCCCCCUGCCUGGUGGCGGGGGAAGCCGUGGCGAUGGCUGUGGCUGUGGCCUUGGCUGGAGCCGGCAUCGGCACGGAGCUAGGCCCCGCCGAAGAACUCGCCAAGCUCGAGUAUCUGUCUUUGGUGUCGAAGGUUUGCACGGAGCUGGAUAAUCACUUGGGGAUCAACGACAAGGAUCUGGCUGAAUUUGUGAUCAGUCUUGCUGAGAAAAAUACCACCUUUGAUACUUUUAAGGCUUCUCUGGUCAAAAAUGGUGCAGAGUUUACGGAUUCUCUUAUUAGUAACCUGCUGCGUCUCAUACAAACCAUGCGGCCCCCAGCAAAACCUUCCACAAGCAAAGAUCCAGUUGCUAAACCCAAAACUGAAAAAGAAAAGCUGAAGGAACUCUUUCCAGUUCUUUGCCAACCAGACAACCCCUCCGUUCGGACCAUGCUGGAUGAGGAUGAUGUGAAAGUUGCCGUGGAUGUCCUAAAAGAACUGGAGGCCUUAAUGCCCAGUGCAGCAGGCCAGGAGAAGCAGAGAGACACCGAACACCGAGACAGGACAAAGAAGAAGAAGCGGAGCCGAAGCCGGAGCCGAGAUCGAGACCGAGUCAGGGACAGAGAUAGAGACAGAGACAGAGACCGCAACAGGGACCACAAGCGGAAACACAGGUCCCGCUCUCGGUCACGUUCCAGGACCCGGGAGAGGAAUAAAGGGAAGUCUAGAUAUCGAUCCAGGAGCAGAAGUCAGAGUCCACUCAAAGACAGGAAGGACCGAGACAAGUACGGGGAGAGGAAUCUGGACAGAUGGCGGGAUAAGCAUGUGGACCGCCCUCCUCCUGAAGAGCCCGCCAUCGGGGACAUUUAUAAUGGCAAAGUUACCAGCAUCAUGCAGUUUGGAUGCUUUGUGCAGCUGGAGGGACUGAGGAAGCGGUGGGAAGGCUUGGUGCAUAUCUCCGAGCUCCGGCGAGAAGGCCGUGUGGCCAAUGUGGCUGAUGUGGUGAGCAAAGGCCAGAGGGUCAAGGUCAAGGUGCUGUCCUUUACUGGGACCAAGACCAGUCUGAGCAUGAAGGAUGUUGAUCAAGAGACUGGAGAAGAUCUAAACCCAAAUCGACGACGGAAUCUUGUUGGGGAGACCAAUGAGGAGACCUCGAUGCGGAAUCCAGACAGACCCACUCACCUUUCCCUUGUCAGUGCCCCUGAAGUAGAGGAUGACUCCCUGGAGCGCAAGCGCCUUACCCGCAUCUCUGACCCAGAGAAGUGGGAGAUCAAACAGAUGAUUGCUGCCAAUGUCCUUUCCAAAGAAGAGUUCCCAGACUUUGAUGAAGAGACUGGCAUCCUCCCUAAAGUGGAUGAUGAAGAAGAUGAGGAUCUUGAGAUUGAACUGGUUGAGGAAGAGCCUCCAUUCCUAAGGGGACACACCAAGCAAAGCAUGGACAUGAGCCCAAUUAAAAUUGUUAAGAACCCAGAUGGUUCUCUGUCCCAAGCAGCGAUGAUGCAGAGCGCUUUGGCCAAAGAAAGGCGAGAACUCAAACAGGCCCAGCGGGAAGCUGAGAUGGAUUCUAUUCCCAUGGGACUCAACAAACACUGGGUUGAUCCUCUGCCUGAUGCGGAAGGCCGGCAGAUUGCUGCCAACAUGAGAGGCAUUGGGAUGAUGCCCAAUGACAUUCCUGAGUGGAAGAAGCAUGCUUUUGGGGGCAACAAAGCUUCUUAUGGGAAAAAGACCCAGAUGUCAAUCAUUGAGCAGAGAGAGAGCCUGCCCAUCUACAAACUCAAGGAGCAGCUGGUCCAGGCUGUCCAUGAUAAUCAGAUCCUGAUUGUUAUCGGAGAGACAGGAUCUGGAAAGACAACACAGAUCACUCAGUACCUGGCGGAGGCAGGCUACACUUCCAGGGGCAAGAUUGGGUGUACCCAGCCCAGGAGAGUGGCAGCCAUGUCAGUGGCCAAAAGAGUGUCAGAAGAGUUUGGUUGUUGUUUAGGACAAGAGGUGGGCUACACCAUUCGAUUUGAGGACUGCACCAGCCCCGAAACAGUCAUCAAGUACAUGACAGAUGGGAUGUUGCUCCGAGAGUGCCUCAUUGACCCCGACCUCACGCAGUACGCCAUCAUCAUGUUGGAUGAGGCGCAUGAGAGGACGAUUCACACUGAUGUGCUUUUUGGAUUGUUGAAAAAGACAGUUCAGAAACGACAGGACAUGAAGCUGAUUGUCACCUCGGCCACCUUGGAUGCAGUGAAGUUUUCUCAAUACUUCUAUGAAGCUCCUAUCUUUACCAUCCCAGGCCGAACAUAUCCAGUGGAAAUAUUGUACACAAAGGAACCUGAGACAGAUUAUUUGGAUGCCAGCUUGAUCACUGUCAUGCAGAUCCAUUUAACAGAACCACCAGGUGAUAUUCUUGUCUUCCUGACUGGUCAGGAAGAGAUUGAUACUGCUUGUGAGAUUCUCUAUGAAAGAAUGAAAUCCUUGGGACCUGAUGUUCCAGAGCUUAUCAUCCUUCCAGUGUACUCUGCUCUUCCCAGUGAGAUGCAGACACGGAUCUUUGACCCAGCUCCACCUGGCAGCAGAAAGGUCGUGAUUGCCACCAACAUUGCAGAGACAUCGCUGACCAUCGACGGCAUCUACUAUGUGGUAGACCCUGGGUUCGUGAAGCAGAAAGUGUAUAAUUCCAAGACAGGGAUUGACCAGCUCGUGGUGACUCCUAUUUCUCAGGCUCAGGCAAAACAACGAGCUGGCCGAGCUGGCCGAACAGGCCCAGGAAAGUGCUAUAGGCUGUACACGGAGCGUGCCUACCGAGAUGAGAUGCUGACCACCAAUGUGCCAGAAAUCCAGAGAACCAACUUAGCAAGCACAGUGCUCUCUCUUAAGGCCAUGGGUAUCAAUGACCUGCUGUCCUUUGACUUCAUGGACGCACCACCAAUGGAGACCUUGAUCACAGCCAUGGAGCAGCUGUACACGCUGGGGGCCCUGGAUGACGAGGGCCUCCUUACUCGCCUGGGUCGCAGGAUGGCAGAAUUCCCCCUGGAGCCAAUGCUGUGCAAAAUGCUGAUCAUGUCUGUGCACCUGGGCUGCAGUGAAGAAAUGCUGACCAUCGUGUCCAUGCUGUCUGUGCAGAACGUCUUCUACAGACCCAAGGAUAAACAAGCCCUUGCGGAUCAGAAGAAGGCCAAAUUCCACCAAACGGAAGGGGACCACCUCACCCUGUUGGCUGUGUAUAACUCCUGGAAGAAUAACAAGUUCUCCAACCCGUGGUGCUAUGAGAACUUUAUACAAGCUCGCUCCCUGCGCCGGGCCCAGGACAUUCGCAAGCAGAUGUUAGGCAUAAUGGAUAGACACAAACUGGAUGUGGUCUCCUGUGGCAAGUCCACCGUCCGAGUGCAAAAGGCCAUCUGCAGUGGGUUCUUCCGCAACGCUGCCAAGAAAGACCCACAGGAGGGCUACCGGACACUGAUCGACCAGCAGGUGGUCUACAUCCAUCCUUCCAGUGCUCUCUUCAACAGGCAGCCGGAAUGGGUGGUGUACCACGAGCUGGUGCUGACCACAAAGGAGUACAUGCGUGAGGUCACCACCAUCGACCCCCGCUGGCUUGUGGAAUUUGCUCCAGCCUUCUUCAAGGUCUCCGACCCAACCAAACUAAGCAAGCAGAAGAAGCAGCAGCGUCUGGAACCUUUGUACAACCGCUACGAGGAGCCCAACGCCUGGAGAAUAUCACGGGCCUUCAGGCGGCGCUGAGAAGCCAGACUUGUCUGUUUGCCUUUCCUGCAGCAGCAGACCAGGGCUUGGCCUCGUUCUUUUUAUAUGAAAAGCUGGUCCCGAGUAUACAGCUCUCCUGUGCCUGAGUAUCUUAACUGGGCAUUUUGUAAACUUGACUGAUUUCUUCCCAGGUAAAAUCGAAAUAGGGAGUUAAGCCUGGUUUGGCUAGAGCCUCCAAAUUCCAUACCCCACGUCACUGGGGCCAGCCAGGCCUCACGGCCAGCACGGCGGUACACGGCAUGACCUCCAAGGAAAGGACAGCUAGUGCAGCCCUCGAGGAGGACAGGGACUCUUGAGUGCCUGACAUUGGGGUACAGUCAGGGCCCUAAUACCCUAGCUGGUACUCCUGGAGGAGAGUCACGAAGCUUAUUUAAAGCUUUGACCCCACCUCUUGCCCCUGUCUAGCCCCUACACUUUUGUUUAAUCUCCUGGAAAUAUUUAUUUUCUUAAGGAAACAAAAA